UUGUUGUUAGCAGUAAAAGUUGCAGCUGAAUUUUUCAGCAGCCGAGCUUUGUCCUUUAUACUCAGCGCCUUUCUUCCACAAAACAAUUAAAACCAAGGCACUCCCAAUACAAAAAUAGAAAGAUACUACAAAAAAAAAAAAAACCAUCUGUCUUCCUCAUCCUGCUUUUUGCUUUUCCUCAUCAUCCAGCUCGCUUUCCUUUCUUGUAUCAACCAAAUUAGGGUUUUCUCUCAAAUUUGGUAUAUUUUCCAUCUCUUGGGUUUCUAAGCACUAAAAAAGAAAGUGCUAUUUCUUCCGCUUCUCCCCUUUCUAGUUUUGGCAAUAUAUAAGAAAAGAAGAAGAAAUGGGAAGAGGUAAGGUGCAGAUGAAGCGGAUCGAGAACAAGAUAAGCAGGCAAGUAACGUUUUCAAAGAGAAGGAGUGGAUUGCUCAAAAAAGCUCAUGAGAUCUCUGUUCUGUGUGAUGCUGAGGUGGCAGUUAUUGUCUUCUCCACCGUAGGGAAGCUCUUUGAGUAUUCUACUGAUUUCAGCAUGAUGAGGAUUCUGGAUCGAUACGACCAAUAUUCCUAUGCAGAACGGCAACGCACCGGAGCUGAUUCUGAAUCACAGGAAAACUGGCUGGUGGAAUACCCCAAGCUUGCGGCAAGGAUUGAAGUCUUACAAAGGAAACUAAGGAAUUUGGUGGGAGAAGAUUUAGACCCCUUGAGCUUGAAAGAGCUUCAAGAUUUGGAGCAACAGCUUGAUACAGCCCUUAAGCGCAUACGAACAAGAAAGAACCAACUCGUGCAUGAAUCCAUUUCAGAGAUGGACAAGAAGCAAAGGGCUCUACGGGAACUAAACAAGUCGCUAGCAAAGAAGGUGAAGGAGAAUAAAACGAUACUUGAGGAAGAACAUGACCAGGUGCAGGUAGUAGGGCAGCAGCAAACUAACCAAGGCCGCCACAACUCAACUACCCUCAUGCUCAUGCCACCGCCGCCGCUGCCGCCCCAACCCCCAUCAACACCAACACUACCUACUUUUCGAACGACCAGUGGGGGAGUCCAGGCAAGAGGAGCAGUGGAUGACAAUGAUUCUGAUAAAGGCGGAAGACCUCCACCUCGACCGGCUGCUGCUACAAACACACGCAUGCCACUGUGGAUGCUUCGUCAUUUGAAUGAAAUAUAUGCUUCGCCGGAAGACCUCCACCUCGACCGGCGGAAGACCUUCUAAAUUCUAAUGCAUUCGCCAUUUGAAUGAAAUAUGAGCUUUCGCCAUUUGAAUAAAAUAUAAGCUUUGCUAUUGUAAUUAAAGAAUAAUAUUAAAAACAAUGUUUCUUCAAACUUGUAAUUAAUAUUCUAAUCGUCUUGAAAGAAAUUUUGGGGAUCA